UGAAACUGGUAUAAGUCAUUGUUCUUCUCCGCAAACUUGAGUCUCGAAAGUUCCUCUCGGAGCCGGUGGAGGUAGUCCUUGCUGCUCCUGCUGGUGAUGAAAUCAGGAAGUACACACAGCUGGUAGGGCCUAUUGUAGAGAGCCACUCUGCCAUCCUCUUUUUUCAUCAUUUCCUUGUUCCUGCAUCGUUGGGUGAUGCCCUCUAGAAAUACCCUACAGCGGUACACGUCACUCAUUUCCGCGGCCACGGGCUCCUCUCCUGCAGCUACCCGGGGCUUCUUGCUGCCCGUGGAGCCGCCAGGGGGGCAUUCUUCCUCCCUACUCCGCUUCGGCUUUGCUUCCAUCGCGCGACCUUUGGACUUUCCCAUGCGCUAGCCCAACGCUCAACUCCAAUUAGUGCCGCACCCUGUUUGCAAGAUUGGCCGGAGGGAAGGUUUACUGCUCAGUCAUGCUUCCACUUUCGCUAUUGAAAGCGGCACAGAACCACCCAAUGUUGGUGGAGCUGAAAAAUGGAGAGACCUACAAUGGGCAUUUGGUCAGCUGUGACACGUGGAUGAACAUUCAUCUGAGGGAGGUUAUAUGCACAUCUAGAGAUGGCGACAAGUUCUGGAGGAUGCCCGAGUGUUUCAUUCGAGGGAGCAUGAUUAAAUACCUGAGAAUCCCUGAUGAGGUGAUAGACAUGGUUAAAGAGGAGACAGUUUCUACCAAAUCCAGGGGCAGAGGAGUAGCUACCUCUAUUGAUCACUGCUCUGAAACACAGAAUUCAUAUCUAUGGAGAGUGGAAGUAACUCCUCCAGUCUAUCUGUUUGGAACUCUCCACCUCCCCUACAACAGCGUGUGGGACACGAUCCCCGAGAAUGUAAAGCGGGCCUUCAGCUCCAGUAGAGACGUCCUCCUUGAGCUGCAGCUGUCCAGCUCCGAGACCACCAGGCACCUGGUGGAGUGCCAAAUGCUGCCCAACGACCAAGACAUUGCCGAAAUUCUCCAUCCUGAACUCGUGAAACGGGUCGACAACUACCUCAGGAGGAUCCGCACGAGACUUCCCAGCUGGCUGAGUGAGUCUUCGCGAUCCACUCUCAUCAGAGGAGGUGUGAGUCUCAGCGAAAAGUUCUUUCGCGACGUGACGUACAACUGGAGACGCAAGAGGCCAGUGUGGAUCCUCUCUCUCAUUAGCACCCUGACCGAGGAGAAUGUUGAGUCAUGGGACACACCGGUGCUGGAUCAUUUCAUGGACAAUGCAGCCAGACGGCUCGGGAAGAACUUGACGGCCCUAGAGACUGUCAACGACCACUGUCAACCACUAAAGAAACUGGGAGAUGUUGAAGUGGAGACAGCACUGAGGGUCCAACUGGACUACCUUGAGUCCCUACUGAAUGGUCCACCUCCACCAUGCAGAGAAAUCUUGCAGCCUACAGAUUUUCGGUUGUUUGUAACUCAUUCUGUGCGCAGGUGUGGUGACUUUGGGGCCCUGGUGGAUUCCCAGCCCUUCCUUCCUCUGGCUCCAUUCUCUGAGCUCACUAGUGCCAUCAACGUGACAGAGAGUGACCUGGCCACUCUGCAAGGGGCAGAGACAAUGCUCUACAACAAGCUUGCCACUCGCAGGAAUCGCCGCAUGACUAAAACCAUCGAGAGUCUACUGACAUGCCAAAGGAACCACUCCAUCUUCAUUGGCAUUGGAGCAGCACACCUGAUUGGAGCAAAGAGUGUAGUGGAAAGACUGGAGAAAAGAGGCUAUGUCGUCCACCAUGUGGGGACCUCCGAGACCAUUGAAGGACCCAACCUUCCCGGCAACAUAGUGGCACUGGGGGACCCUGGUUCAGUGCCCCAGACCUCCUCCAUCCUCACACUGCUCCAGAGGAGCGGGGAGGAGGGGACGUGAGACAGGUCACGUCAUUCCCUCUCGGGAGACUCUCGUCCGACGAACUGCAAGAACUGAUGGACUAUUUCUUUGGAAGAGCGCAAGGCAGCAGAAGAAGGAGAGCAGCAAACUACAGCCGUUCUCACGUGAGAUAGACCAGGGGAGGCUGGAUCAGUACAUCUACUGGACAACAACUAGCCACCAAUCACUCAUCAUCAUCUGACCAAUACUUUUCUCAAGACCUCUCGAUAAUAUUUCACCAGCACACGUUAUAAUUCUUUGCCACUUUAUUCUCUCGGUGGCAGUCUACCCUUUUUACAUCAAUCCCUUCAUCAUUAUCUAUAUUAUUCAUCCAUUAUGGCCACCAUAUUACCCUCCCUGGCACAUGUAUCCCUAAUCUUUCUACAGCAUGUCUUAUCAAUAUUAUUUGUGAAGUCACAAUAUUCUGUAUCAAUCAACUCUAUCAUUGGAUGUUUCAAACUGCUUUUGUCAGCCGCCCAUAAACUUUCUAGAGAAU